UAUGGGAACUCAUAUUCUUGCUAUGUAUCUCUCCUAUAUGUCCAACGUGGGCGGAGCUGGGGGCCGCAUUGCCGGGAAUGGCAGCGUUGUAGCUCACAACAGCACCUGUAGUGGUGCAAGCAAGCGUCGCCGGGUCCACCCGCAAACAGCCUUGGUGCCGCCGAUCCCGCCCUAACUCAUGGAAAACAUGGAGCCAAAAGCCUUUCACAGAGAUUUAUUCGGAGUGGGCAAACGGUGCCGACACCACCGCCCGAUGUCAUCAAGCCCAACAUCUUGGAGUUCUCCAAGAUUCCCACUGAAUAAAAUAUUGGACACAGACAGUGGAAUACUGAGCAAUGCGUCAAGUUUUGAAACGUACGACGUGGGAAAAGAGAUAUUCUCGCCUGUUGACAUGGAGGAUGUCAGUAGAGCAAAUCGAUAUGACAGACACGGUGAGAGAAAGCUCACAUUAACAUUGCUGCAGUCUGAGACCAGAAGGUGCGCCCUUACUGAGAGUCUACAGACUGCCUGGUGUGCAUUAAAAGAGCAACGAGAACGUAUAAGCAAGAAGAAUAUGGAAGUAGUCAAUCACGGUGCUGUAAUUGACAGCAUGAUCUUAAAGCAAAAGCUUUUGGAAGCUAAAGUGGGAUUGCUCCACAAAGAAGAAGAGACUAUGCAUGAAGUUAGACUGGAUGAAGCUCAAAGAGACAGUGAACUCCAGAAUAGGAUCUGCAUCUUAGAAGAGGAAGUAGAACGAUUUAAUCACAGAUUGGGACAACUAGCCCUGAACAGAAGAGGUCCACAGUCCAUGUCCACAGUCUCCUGGUACCUGAGGCAGGAGAACGAGGAGGCUGAAAAACAGUCGCAGAUCCCGUUGCAGACAUCAAGUGAUUCUUUUGAGUAUCAUGAAGAACAUUGGAACAUCAAGGAACCCGAAAGUCAGCCACAGAACCAGUUGGAAACUAUAAGUGAUUCCUUGGAGCGUCAUGAAGAGUGCUGGAAUGUCGAGGAAGUGAGUGAAGGUGGUGAUCUGGAAGAUGAUCUCCAUGAGCUUGCAUCUCGCCUCGAUGGGGCUGAAACUGAGAGAGCGUCACUGGAGCAUCAAGUAUCAGAUCUGCACACUCAGCUAUUCCAAACUAAGUGUGAGAGCUAUGGACUGAAAAAGCAAUGCCUCGUGUCCAAUUCACAAUUAACCGCCAACAGAAGUAUAAAUGAAAGUCUUUUGUUGGAGACAGCAGGACUGAAACAAAGUUUGCAGGCUUUGGAAAAACAAAUUCUGAACCUGCAGAGCGAAAAGACAAUUUUAUCCUCUCAAAUGAAGACUCUGGAAUCUGAACACCAGCAGAUAUUCAAUGAAAAAGAGCUGCUGAUGGAAACGAUGGAAAGUAUGAAAUGUCACAAGUGCAGUGAUUUCUUAUCACCGAAUGAAGCCGAUGGCAGGGUGCCAUCAAAAGACUGUGAGGAGAUCCGCUCCAAGUCAUGUCCGCAGUGUAAGUUUCAUCCAAGGAUACCUGAACGGGCGAAGAAGAAGGAGCUGUUUGUUUGUUGGGAGCAAGAGGAAGGUGGUAAGGAAGACCUGAGUGCUGUUGCCGACACCGACAAGGUCACUACAACAGAACUGCAGAAGACUGACAUAGAAACAGAGCAGCAACAGGAGACAGUCACAAUGCUCAGACUAGAUCCACAAGAAAAUGGAAAAGCACAGAAAGAAUCAAGAUAUUCAGAGGAAGGGUUACAGCUGCCAAAUGGAGAUCUCAUCAAAACUCAGUGCAACAUAAACCUGCAAUUUGAAAAGCUGUUGGAGAAAAUAGAAGGUUUGGUGAAACUAAAUUUGAAACUGGAGAAUGAGAGAGACCAGGUAUUAUGCCAGCUUGGAAUGCAGACAGCUGAAGCAAAGGGCCUUGAACUAUCCAGUGAACAGAACAGAAAACAACUUCUACAUCUUCUGAGAAAGAAUAUUGAUCUCAGGCAUGAGAACCAAAUAAAGGUCAACCAGCUCACAGCUCUGAUCAUUGAACUUCACCACUUGAGGAGAGCUUAUCAAACAAUCUCGCAAAGCACCGAUUGUCCUCAAGAUAUUUUAUCAGCUGAUUGGAUCAACCGGGUACGUUUAAUUAAGAACUCUAUUCAAAAGAUUAAAACCCAGCAACUGAAUUUAAACCUCCUGAAAAAAGAAAACGAGGAGUUAAUGGAAAAGUUGGAAUGGGAAUCACUGCAAAAUAUGGAUGCAAAGCUGUUGGCAUUAAAUGAGAACGUUCAAGCCAAGAUUGAAACGACAAUACAACCUUGCACUUGAAACCUCAGACACAGAAAGAUCCCCAGGUUGUGAAACCAAUGGACAAUAUUGCAAGAAGAUUGGGAACAAAAGCUUCAGAACCUUAUGUGGUCCCAGAAUGGCUCUACCCAUUUGCGGAGGAGAAAAUGACUAGUGGAGAUGUACUGUAAGCCAUCCAUCAAAUGCAACGUUGGUCUGACCCAUAUCUCACGGAUAAUGCAGGUUCACUAAAUGUGGCCCAAUCAAUAUUGUUUAAUAAAACAAAGGAAACGUGAGUUAGGGUGCUGUCAAUUCCUGUGGGACUUGAGUUGAAUCCAGGCCAGACUGAUGUGACAAAGAUUUCAGAGCUCUGGCAUUAAUGAGGGCCUUGCAAGAACUGCCUAGUCAAGUAGACUAGGCGAAUACAAGUCACAGCUGAAAGCCACGGGCAGUUUACUUACUUAGUCAGAUCAGGUUGUACUAAAUGACAAUGAGAUACAGUGGGACACGAGAAUGAAGUAGGUCUUGACAACAAUGCAGAGGAAGCUUUUCUCUGGAUUGUUUUGAAUUCCAACUAAUCUGUAUGUUUGAUCCAAAAUCUAAACUAAACAUAUCCUUUCCAUCAAUGGUGGUAAAUCCACACCUUGAUUUAAAGUUUCAUAAUGUCAGGUUCCUGCGCCAGUGAUUGAAUGGCCAGUUUGACAUUCUAAACAUUUCAAAAUCUCUAUCCUCUUUUCUGUCAACAUCAGAGAAAUCAGACUAAUUGUUUAAUUAAAAAUGACAUAUUAGAAUCCGUGCAAAAUACAAAGAUGCUGCCUCACCCGCUGAGUUACUCCAGUACCCGGUGUCUUCUUCUGUAAACCAGCACCCACAGUUCCUUGUUCAGAUUCAGAUUCAGAUUCAGAUUCAGAUUCAAUUUUAAUUGUCAUUGUCAGUGUACAGUACAGAGACAACGAAAUGCAUUUAGCAUCUCCCUUGAAGAGCGACAUAGCAAACGAUUUGAAUAAAAAAUAAUAAGUGUGCUUGUUUCGCCCCCCCCCGUGCCCCACCUGGAUUUGUACCUAUUUUGUCUCCGUCUCAAUCCUUCCCUAUCCACCUAUAUUUCUUUUUCCAGCUUCCCAAUUCAUAACUCUUCACAUUUCAUCUCACGCAUGUCCUUUCAUCUCUGGCCUUUGUCCAACCAUCUGUCCAUCAAAUAAUCCUCCUCACCCCUGUCAGCCUAUUACUUGACAUUACUUUGUUGUGCUCUUCCUUUCCUCCCGCUUUCGUUCCUCCCCCAUCUACAGUCAGUCCGGGAAAGGCCCCGACACAAAACUUAGCCGAUCCAUUUUUCCCGUCAAAUUCUCUCUGACCCGUUUGUGGAAAACAAAUGUUAGUUUAGUUUAGAGAUACAGCAUGGAAACAGGUCCUUUAGCCCACCAGGUCCACGACGUGCAUUGAUCACCCAUUCACACUAGUUCUAUGUUAUCCCACUUUUUCAUCCACUCCCGGCACAUUAGGAACAAUUUACAGAGGCCAAUUAACAUGCCAACCCCGCACGUCUUUGGGAUGUGGGAGGAAAACCAGAGCGUCUGGAGGAAACCAUGCGGUCACAGGGAGAAUGUGCACAAUCCAUACAGAUAGCAUCCGAGGUCAGGAUCGAACCUGGUUCUCUGGUGCUAUGAGGUGGCAGCUCUACCAGCUGCACCACUGUGCUGGCUCCAAACUACUUACAAAGAAGAAGAAGAAG